GAGUGCAUCUCUGUUCACGUUGGCCAGGCUGGAGUGCAGAUAGGAAAUGCGUGCUGGGAACUCUUCUGUCUGGAGCACGGCAUUCAGCCUGAUGGCACCUUCAAGGACCUGCAGGACAAACUCAACUCUGAUGACUCUUUUACCACAUUUUUCAAUGAAACAGCCACUGGGAAGCACGUGCCACGGGCUGUAAUGGUGGACUUGGAACCAACUGUGGUAGAUGAAGUACGGGCUGGCACCUUCCGGGAACUUUUUCAUCCAGAACAGCUGAUCACUGGAAAGGAAGAUGCAGCCAAUAACUAUGCCCGUGGCCACUACACCAUUGGCAAGGAAAGCAUUGAUAUGGUGCUGGAUCGUGUCCGUAAGCUGACUGAUGCCUGUUCUGGGCUGCAAGGAUUCCUGAUCUUCCACAGCUUUGGUGGCGGUACCGGCUCUGGAUUUACCUCCUUGCUGAUGGAACGCCUCUCUGUGGAUUAUGGAAAGAAGUCCAAACUGGAGUUUGCCAUCUACCCAGCCCCUCAGGUCUCCACUGCUGUGGUGGAACCCUACAAUUCCAUCCUGACCACGCACACCACACUGGAGCAUUCCGACUGUGCCUUCAUGGUGGACAACGAGGCCAUCUACGACAUCUGCCGCCGGAACCUGGACAUCGAGCGCCCCACCUACACCAACCUGAACCGCCUGAUCAGCCAGAUCGUGUCCUCCAUCACCGCCUCGCUGCGCUUCGACGGCGCCCUCAACGUGGACCUGACGGAGUUCCAGACCAACCUGGUGCCCUACCCGCGCAUCCACUUCCCCUUGGUGACCUACGCCCCCAUCAUCUCCUCCGACAGAGCGCACCACGAGCAGCUCUCGGUGGCCGAGAUCACCAACGCCUGCUUCGAGCCCAACAACCAGAUGGUGAAGUGUGACCCGAGGCAUGGCAAGUACAUGGCCUGCUGCAUGCUCUACCGCGGCGACGUCGUCCCCAAGGACGUCAACGUGGCCAUUGCUGCCAUCAAGACCAAGAGAACCAUCCAGUUUGUUGACUGGUGUCCAACAGGCUUCAAGGUUGGGAUCAACUACCAGCCUCCUACAGUUGUUCCUGGAGGAGACCUAGCCCAAGUUCAGCGGGCAGUCUGCAUGCUGAGCAACACCACGGCCAUCGCCGAGGCUUGGGCAAGGCUUGACCACAAGUUUGACCUGAUGUACGCCAAGAGAGCUUUUGUGCACUGGUAUGUGGGUGAGGGCAUGGAGGAGGGAGAGUUCGCAGAGGCCCGAGAGGACCUGGCUGCCCUGGAAAAGGACUAUGAAGAAGUGGGAACUGACUCGUUUGAAGAAGAGAAUGAUGGGGAGUAAUCUUAAAAUACAUUUUGUUC